UUCUCCUUGGGUUUCUUCUGCGAAAUUUAUGCAAAACUCCAUUUAUUUAGGCAUUAACCCAUCUAUUCAUCUCUAUUCAUUGUUUCUCUCUCUAAAAGUUCUUUUCUCUCUCUUCAUAUUCUCCUCUUCCUCUCUCACGUUUCUGCUUCUUUUCUACGAAAUCUUUGCUACAUUGUUUAAUGAUCCGAAUAUUCACAUUCUUCUCUAAAUUUUCAUAUUUUUUGGUUGCAAUUACAAAUUUAUAGCAUCCUUGGUGUCCCACAUGGGAAAGAUUAGAAGUAAAUGGAAAUGAAACUUGUUCAGUGGAUUAUUUUUAUUUCUCUUAAGUGAACAUAUUUUGUGCUUAAGCAAUUUUUUUGUUUUUCUGCUGGUGGGUUUUAGAUGGUACCAGUUGAAUGCAGGAGCUUGUAGCGGUUGAAAUUAAGCAUGUUGAUAGAAUUUUCAUGGGAUUUUGUAAAUCUAUACUAUUUGGAGCGAGUCUUCAACAAUAAUUUUCAUCUUGUGAUGCCAUUGAACACUAAUAAAUAUUUUCAAGCAACUGACAAAGACUUUGUUACUAAAGAAACCAAUGUUUGGAGGUUGUUAGAGGUCCAUUGAAAGUUUUGGUCUGACCGCUUUCGAAAUCUUAAAUAAUGGAGAGAUAUAAAUUUUUGAAGGAGCUUGGAGAUGGAACUUGUGGCACUGUAUAUAAGGCUGUCAAUAAGGAGAAUAAUGAGAUCGUUGCUGUCAAGAAAAUGAAGAGAAAGUUCUAUUUCUGGGAAGAAUGUGUAAAUUUGAGAGAAGUGAAGUCCCUCCGUAGGUUAAGUCAUCCCAACAUUAUAAAGCUGAAGGAAGUUGUUAGAGAAAACAAUGAACUGUUCUUCAUUUUUGAAUAUAUGGAAUAUAAUCUGUAUCAAAUAAUGAAGGAGCGGCAGAUGCCAUUUUCCGAAGAAGAGAUACGAAAUUUUUUGACUCAAGUUUUUCAAGGACUUGCACACAUGCAUAGGAAUGGAUACUUUCAUCGGGAUCUAAAACCUGAGAAUCUACUGGUGACCAAUGAUGUGAUCAAGAUUGCUGAUUUUGGACUUGUUAGAGAAGUUUUAUCAAUGCCCCCUUAUACAGACUAUGUUUCAACUCGUUGGUAUAGGGCCCCUGAAGUUUUGUUAAAGUCAUCUACCUAUACUCCUGCAAUUGAUAUGUGGGCAAUUGGUGCAAUACUUGCUGAACUUUACACCUUGUGUCCAAUUUUUCCUGGAGAAAGUGAAACAGAUCAGCUGUACAAAAUAUGCUGUGUACUUGGUGCUGCUGAUUGGACUGUGUUUCCUGAAGCAACGAACAUCACACAAUUAAUCAAUAUAAGUUCUUCAAAGAUGAUGCCUGUAAAUCUUUCAGAAAUCAUCCCGAAUGCUAGUUGGGAAGCUCUUGAUCUCAUCGGCCGCCUAUGUUCUUGGGAUCCACUUAAAAGGCCAACAGCAGAACAAGCCCUACAGCAUCCAUUUUUCCAUGCUGCUUCCCGGGUGCCUCGUCCAAUGCAUGAUCCUUUUCAAAAUACGUCAGAGUAUACGAAGACAAAGCCAAACCUUGAACUAAACUUGUGGGAUUUCGACAGCACGUCAGAUGAUUGUUUCCUUGGCUUGAUGUUGGCUGUGAACCCUGGUGUUUCUGGUCUAGAAAUGAGACAAAGUGUAUCCGGAAGUACACGGCAGGAUGUAUUGCUCUACUCCAGUUUACAGGAUCAUCCCAAGCAGUCAGUUUUCUGGUCGCUUUUCUCACCUUGCCGAAAUGGGGUAACGCCUCCGGUUGAUCCCUCCUUAUCGCUCUCUUUCAGCUCGAUUACAAAUCCCCCAAUCUCGGUUCCUCAUUCAGGAGGUUUCGGCCUUGCAGGAUUGCAGCCAGGUAUUUUAGAUGGCUCGAUGUUGGCCGUUUCUUCCCCCCUCCAGCCGAGUCAUUACCUCUGAGUGACUUGAUUUUACCAGCCCCGUCAAUCAAUAUGGAGGCAGCAUUGAGAUGUAAUUAUUUCAUGUAAUUUUCUUAUUUUUCUUGCUAACACUAACACUCAUAAUUAAUACUCCACUUCUAUGUGGUAGAGAUGAUGGAUCACAGUAUUUAAGCUAAGAAUUUAUGAAUUUAUUUCCCUGUAUUUUUUAAUUCUCUGGCUAUAA